AUGAGUGAGGAGAAUCAAUCAUCUAUAUUGACAGAUACACAACAAACUAUUGAAACUCUUACAAAGGAGGUUGUUGUGGAAAAUGAUAAUGAACAUGAAAUUGAUGAGAAUGGACUUUUUAUUAUUGACACUAGAAAUAAUCGUAAAACAGUUGAGGAUGGAAAACAAGCCGACUCAGAAGAAGAGUUGGAAUUUGAUGAUGAUGAAUUUGUCAUUAAUCAGGACAAUACAUAUGAGGAGCAAGUGGAGGAUGAGCAAAGAGAAGAAGAACGCGUGAAUGGUGACGAUAUUGACAAGGAUGUUCACGAACAGGUAGUAGAACUAGAAGAUGAGGAAGACGAGGAUAGAGAAAUUGCAGAGAUUGAGUCCAAAUAUGAAGAAAUAGAUGAUGAAUCAGAACAAGAAGUACACGAAGUGAGUGAAGAUCAAGAAUCACAGUCAAUACUAGAAGAAUCGGCAUAUCAGGAAUCAUUCAAUAAAGAGGAUGAAGAAGUUUCAGAGAAGCAAGUAAUUGAACUUUCACUGGAUGAUGAUAAUGGCCAACCAGAAGAAGAAGAAGAAGAAGAAGAAGAUGAUGAUGAUGAGGAAGAGGAAGAGGAAGAAGUUGACAUAGUCAUAGUUGAAAGUAAGGAAGAUGACCCAGUUGCUGACGCGUCUAAGGAUUCAAUCGAAGAUAUAGAAAUGGUACCUCAACUGCAACAACAAGAACCAGCACUUAAAUCAACAGAACAUACAAUCAAUGAAGAUUUGGAUGAUGUGAUUACUUUGACCGAAGAUCCUGAAUUUGCUCAACCAAUAGAGCCGGAAACAGAGUUGACAACAACAGGCGAAUCGACGAACUUUCAAAAGAUCCCAAUAUAUUUAAACUACUUUAGUUAUAAGUUCCUAUUAUUCCCAUAUGACGAAGAUCCUGAUACUCAUUGUAUCUAUGAGAACGAAGACUAUUUACAAAAAUCAAUUGAAGAGUUUUUUGCACUGCUUAGAGAGGACCAACAAUUGAAUGAAGUAGAACCAUUUUUAAUAUCAGAAGAAAUUAUACUUACAAUUCCUCAAUUUGAAAACCUAAAAAUGACAGAAGAUAACUUAUACUGCCGAGAUAUUAGCAUUGGUGAUUUUGUGAGUUUAUUUAGAAGAUUAAGUGACAGCACUAAAAAUAAAACUAAAAUACCUAAGCAAUUGACGUUUGAAUUGACUACCCAACCUAGAUUCAUCACUAAAUACAACGCACUUGUUGAUAAUUCCCAGGAUAGUACAAAUGGUGGAUUCGAUCAUAUCCAUAUUGAAGAAAAUGAUGAAGAUGGACCAGUAUCAAAGAAAAGAAAAAUUGAAUAG